CUGGUGGUGCCCAUGGACGGCAGCCACUGGAUCAACAUGCGGGCGCUGUUGGUGGAGCUGCGCGGCCGGGGCCACGAGGUCACCGUGCUGCGCUCGUCCAGCAGCUUGUACAUCGCCGAGGAGCCCGGCCUCUUCCACUCCAUCACCGUGCCGGCAGCGGGCAAGAGCGGCAUCCUGGAGGACAGCGAGAUGGUCAGCCGCUUUGUGCAGGAGAUGCUGGAGAUCCACCGGGGCGGGCCCACCUGGACGGCCUUCGUCCGCAACGCCCAGGCCGUCGGCGAGAUGCUGCGGGUCACCCACAUCCAGCAGCGGGCGCUCAUCCGCCGGCUGUUCGAGGACCCCCGGCUCAUGGCGCGGCUGGGGGGCGCCGGCUUCCAGCUGGUGCUGACCGACCCCUUCUUCCCCACCGGCGUCAUGCUGGCCCACCACCUGCAGCUGCCGGUGGUGUGCAACAGCCGCUGGCUCUCCACCGGCAACUCCCACGCCCUGCUGGCCCCCUCGCCCCCCUCCUACGUGCCGGUGGUGGGCUCCCGCUUCGGCGCCCGGAUGUCCUUCCUCCAGCGGCUCAGCAAUGUCGUCCACUACCUCACCAGCGUCAAGCUGGCCGGCUCCCUGGUCCACCCGGAGUACGACGAGCUGUGCCGGCGGUACCUGGGGCCCGGGGCCAGCGUGGAGGGGCUGAUCCGCCGGGCCGACCUCUGGCUGAUGCGGACGGACUUCGUCUUCGACUUCCCCCGCCCCACCAUGCCCAACGUGGUGUACGUGGGGGGCUUCCAGUGCCGGCCGCCCCGGCCCCUGCCGGCCGAGCUGGAGGACUUCAUGCGGAGCUCGGGCCCCCACGGGGUGGUCUUCAUGUCCCUGGGCACCCUGGUGUCCUCCCUGCCUGCCUACCUGGUGCAGAGCUUCGCCGAAGCCUUCGCCCGGCUGCCGCAGAAGGUGCUCUGGCGGCACAUCGGGGAGAGGCCGGCCAACCUGGGCAACAACACCCUACUGGCCGGGUGGGUGCCCCAGAACGACGUGCUGGGCCACCCCAAGACCCGGGCGUUCGUCUCGCACGGCGGCACCAAUGGCAUCUUCGAGGCCAUCUACCACGGCGUGCCGGUGCUGGGCUUGCCCCUCAUCUUCGACCAGUUCGACAACCUGGUGCGGCUGGAGUCCCGGGGGGCAGCCAAGGUGCUGGACCCCACCCGGCUGGACGCCGGCCAGCUGCUGGAGGGCCUGCACGAGGUGCUGGGCCAGCCCUCCUACCGGCGCGGCAUGCAGCGCCUCUCCGGCCUGCACCGCGACCAGCCCCAGACCCCCAUGGAGCGGGCCGUCUUCUGGAUCGAGUUCGUCCUGCGGCACGGCGGGGCCGCCCACCUGCGGGCCGCCUCGGCCGACCUGCCCUGGUACGCCUACCACAGCCUGGACGUGGCGGGCUUCGCCGCCCUGGUCGGCGCCACCCUGGCCGCGCCGGCGCUCUGGGCGCUCCGCAAGCUCUACCGGGCACUCCGGGGGACCAAAGCGAAACAGUCCUAG